AAAAAAAAAAGAAUAUAUCUUGUCAUAUGCAUCAAAUUGAAUGGGUACAAAAGGCCACACCUGCUCUAAUCAUUAACUCACAUAAUUUGUAUUUCCUUUUCAUGUAUAGUAAGGGUGUUGUCCAAAAGGGUUAUGUUUACUUAUUAAAUGUGUUUUAUUGGCGGGUGGAUGAGAUCAGCGUUGACUAGAACCAGUUUGUGAAAUAAUGUUUAAAUAAAUUCACUCCUUGUGCACAACUGAACUCCGGCUAAGUUGUCGCAAUGAUCUGAAAUCCAAUCAAUCCUUGUCUGUAAACCCAUCGAAUGGUUAUCCACAAGCAACGUGUUUAUACAGAAGAGCGACGCGGAAAAACGGGACAAAAGUGGACAAUGGGCCUUCUUGCCUGGGGAAAUGCCCCCGCGUCCAAAACACGGAUACUACAGUACCAGUAUGUACAACAGUUUAUUUCUUUACGUUUUAUUGUUUUACAACAUUAAUACAAUGCAGUGCUAUUUUGCUUUGCUAAAAAUACAAAACAGAAAUUAAAAUUUUUUUGGGCGGGCUUCAUGGCAUUUCAAUUCAUUUCAAUGGGGAAUAUUGAUUUGCUAGUAUACGUGUAACUUGAGGUACGACUUUAGUCACGGAACCGAUUGAACUUGUAAGUCAAAAGUUUCCCCUGCAUGUUGUACUGGAUCUCAUUUGCUGCACAGACCUGUCCUUUGGUGAAGUCACUGAUGCUUCGUCGGCCAUGUUUGUUUGAUGAGUGGGGGGGGGCGGUUUUCUUCUUACCACGUGGCUGUUUUCAGGUCACCACGCUAAUCCUUUCUAAUCUCCUUUACUUCUGAUUAGCCAUUUUACCCUCUCUCUCUCUCUCUUUCUCUCUCUCCUUUCCCUGCUUUUAAAUAAAGUUUAAUUUGCCGUAGUUUGAAUGCAAGUUGUAGACUUGAAACUAGGUGCCUAAAGACCGGUCCGCUUUCUCUGUGGGAAAAUCCUGCUGCGUCCCGGCAGUCUACUCAUAAAAGAUGGCCAUCUAAAGACUUGACAGGUGUCUCAGCGAUGUUGGGACGUACCAACCGGAGGAUGUGGUCUCAGCAAGGGUCGCCGCCCCUCCUAAUGGCGUCUCCUUGACCGCUCCCGCGACGACCAUCAGCCCUCCACCUGGCCUCGACUUCCUGCCGUGAUGGCGACUGGCUGCCGCCUGCUGUCCCUCGCCGUGACUCUGCUGGGCUUUCUGAACCCCUGCGUGACCGCACUGACGCCCAGGGUGUCCUUUCCAAUGGGUAGUCCCGGGAGACGUCUCACCCGCUUCAGCAGCGCCGACGUGGGCAACACCACCACGCUGCUGCUCGGCGACGGCGGAGAUACACUCUACGUGGGAGGCCGCGACGCCGUGCUGGCGCUGGACGUCAGCCUCGAGGGCGCCAUCGUGCUGAGGAACAGGCUGGAAUGGAGGCCGUCAGAGAAAGACCUGGAGCAAUGUUCCAUGAAAGGCAAGAAGAUGACGGAUUGUCCUAAUUUUAUCCGUGUGCUGCUGUUCCUGAACGCCACUCACAUCUACGCCUGUGGAACAUUUGCCUUCAGUCCACGUUGUAUCUACAUUUACUCUGAGACGUUAACGGUGAGCCUCAAGCCCGAUGAGGGACGGGGUCGCUGCCCUUACGAUCCCUACCAGCGUAACACUGCUAUCAUCGUUGACGGAGAGCUGUACACAGGCACGGUGGCCGACUACCGGGGCAACUGGCCGCUCAUCUCCCGCCACCUCAGCGAAGGCUCGCGCGUGGACCUCAAGCUGGACGACACGCUAGGAUGGCUGGAGGAUCCGACCUUCAUCAGCUCCACCUUCGUUCCCGACGAGGGCAAAAUCUACUUCUUCUUUAGCGAAGUGGGUCGAGAGUACGACUUCAUCGACAAGUUUGUCGUCUCGCGUGUUUCCCAAGUCUGCACGAGCGAUGUCGGAGGCCAGCGGACGCUUCAGCGGCGUUGGACCACCUUUGCCAAAGCGCAGCUGCUGUGCCAGGCGGAUGGCCAGCUGCCCUACAACGUCAUCCAGGACAUCGACAGUCUGCCGCCAGCCGAGGGCACGCCGGCGGAUGACACGCUUUUCUACGGCAUCUUCACCUCUCAGUGGUCGGUCAACUCGGGCCUGUCGGCCGUGUGCGCGUUCAGCUUGUCGGACAUCAAGUCGGCCUUCUCGGGCGGCUACAAGGUCCUCAACCGCGACACGCUGCAGUGGAGCACGCGGGUGCAAGAGAGGGUGGCCAACCCGGGCGAGUGCGGCCUGCACAACGCGUCAGACAACGCCCUGCGCUACGUCAAAGAGAACUUUUUGGCGGACGACAGCGUACGACCGACGGGCGGGGGUCCCACGUUGGUGUCUGCCGAGCACCGCUACACCCACCUGACCGUCCAGAAGGUCCGGGCGGCCGGCGGCGUGGACUACACGGUCCUCUUUCUCCUCACGGAGUCGGGGUACCUUCACAAAGCGGUGCUGCUGCAGAGCGGGGCGCACGUGGUGGAGGAGGUGCAGGUGUUCCAGAAGCCGCAGCCCGUCAAGAGCCUCAAGCUGUCCAUACCCAAGGGCUUGAUAUACGUGGGCACGUCCGAGGGCGUGCUCAGGCUCCCGGUGGCCAACUGUUCCUUUUACUGGACCUGCGCUCAGUGCGUCCUCGCCCGGGACCCCUUCUGCGGGUGGGACGCCGCCCGCCGGGCAUGCGUGGGUGUCUCCGCCGCACACCUGGGCCAGGACGUGGCGGGCGGCAACGUGGCGAAGGCCUGCCAGAACGUGGCGUUGAUGCACACGUCCCGCUUUGGGCCAAACAACCUGCCUGCGGCUCCCUGUCCGCCAGGCGAGCCGGUGUCGGUAUCCCUGCACGAGGUGGUGCGGCUCCCGUGUCCCGCCGCGUCGCGCCUCUCCCGCCAGUCGUGGGAGCGGCCGAACAGCCGGCUGUCCCCGGAGCUCUACCUGCACCUGGACGACGGCAGCCUGAGCUUCGUGGCCACGCCGGCCACUCUGGGCCACUACCUGUGCCUGUCGGCCGAGAACGGCUACCGGCAGGCCGUGGCCGUCUACCACGUCAAACAGAAGAGCGGCACCCUACCCGCCCCCACGCCCGCUCGACCCAAGGGACCCGAGUCGGCGCUGACCGCCGCCGGGCAGCUGGGGCGCAACUUCACCUUAUGGAUGGUGAAAGCGGCACCCGAAGAGGCCGCCUUCCGAGACGGGGACCCCCUAAUGUCGGCGCAGACGCCCUCCUACCUAAAGGAGCUCGUGGCCGUGUCGGUCCUCUUAGCGCUUUGCCUCAGCGCGCUCCUCGUCAUCCUCCUCUACGUGCUCAAACAGCGGUGGCGUAGCCGCACAGUCCCGCAGCAGGUCACGGAGGAUUCGGACAGACGGACCCCGGUCGAGCACGAGGCCCUCCGAGGGGGCCCGGCGCAGAGCAAGCGCAACGGGCACGUCCAGGGCACGCUCUGCAACGGGGCGCUCGCCGCCUCCAACGGACACUUGCCCAAUACGCCCAUCUGAGCGAGCGCAACGGAGGCAGCUGUACGGAUGCGCACGGUGACGAGACUCCAGGUAAGGAUGGAAGACGACGUUACUGCGCUUCCUUAAAUCAUGUGACAAGUUUGAUGUCAGUGUUUGGGCCACGCUGAAAAUAGAAAAAACAACAUUGCCACAAUAUCAUGGGGAAAACAUGGUAGGAAAGAGUUGUAAUGUGCAGGAAUAGUUGUCAUUUUUUUAUGUUAAAGGAAUAAAGUCACAGUUUUCCAAGAAUAAGUAAAAAAAAAAAAAAAAAAAAAAACCUAAUGUUCCAAGAAUAAAGAAUAUGAGUACGUGUCAUAAUAUUACGAGGAAAAAAUGGAAGGAUGAAUAAUGCGACACAAAUGCAUUUGUAAUAUUACGAGAGAAAAAAAUGCUCAUGUUCCAAGAAUAAAGCAGAGCUUCUUUUUAAUGUUACAGGAAUAAAUGUGAAAUAAUGAAAGAUUUUUUUUUUUUUUUUUUUUGCAAUGUGACAAGAAUAGUCCUGAUAUGUUAAAAAUGUUAAUGCGACGAAGUCUACUGUCGGUCGUAAUAUUACAAGAAAGAAACAGUUUAAACAUUACAGGAAGCAGUGGUAUGAGAAUAAAGUUGGAAUAUGACAAACAUCUUAAUAUUAAUAUUAAAGAGAUAAAGAUGUAAUGUUCCAAAAAUAGUCACACGUUUACAAGAAGAAGGAAUAAGAUGAUGUUACAAGAAUAGUCACAAUGUUACAAGACUAAAAUAACCUUAAUAACAAACCAAUUUGAGAAAAAUGUUGAUAAAUGUUAAAAAAAAAAAAAAAUAGUCAUUACAUUAUGGCAACACGCAUAAUAUUGUGAGAAUAACCUGGUAAUAGUCUGAUUUCGAAAAAUGGUAAU